AUGUCUACCAUCACGUUGAAGGGCUACGGUCUGCAGGUCAAGCUGCCCAAUGGUCUGUCGGAAGAUCAAUUGUUGGCUUUCAAGCCGUUCAACAACUGGGUCAAGGGCCUCACCAAAUCACUGAGCCUGCAAGCCAAGAACAAGGAUCACCCAUUCCACCCGGACCCUUACCAGCUGCGCGCCAUCACCGUCCAAGCAUUUGACAUAUUCGGCUCCGGCCGCGUCGGCUUUCUGAAAGCCACGGCUGAUGUAAAGAACGGAACCGGGGAGACACUUCCAGCCAGCGUCUUCCUUCGCGGUCCCAGCGUCGGAAUGCUUGUCAUGCUCAUUCCCGACGAUACAUCGCCCGAGAGCGACGAGCGCUACGUCAUCUUGACCGUCCAGCCGCGCGUGCCCGUCGGCAGUCUGUCAUUUGUGGAACUGCCCGCAGGCAUGGUCGACGACAGCGGCAGCUUCGCCGGCGCGGCGGCAAAGGAGAUCAAAGAGGAGCUGGGCCUGGAGAUUCACGAGUCAAAGCUCACUUGUCUUAGCGAGCUUGCUGGCGCGGGAAGAUCCGCAGGCAACGAAGUCGACGAGGGCCUGGCGGAAGCCAUGUAUCCCUCGGCAGGCGGGUGUGACGAGUUCGUCACGCUGUAUAGUCACGAGAAAAGGAUCCCGCGCGGGCAGUUGGAGGAGUGGAGCGGCAAGCUGACGGGGUUGCGGGAUCACGGAGAGAAGAUCACACUUAAGCUUGUGGCCAUGAAGGACCUCUGGCGCGAGGGUGCAAGGGAUGCGAAAUGUCUCGCCGCACUGGCUCUAUGGGAGGGGCUCCAGCGCGAAGGCAAGUUAUAA